AUGACGGACCCAGAUGACCAUCUUCGGGUCUUCACGAGCGCGGGGUUGGUGGGAGGUUGGACUCUACCGAUGUGGUGUCACCUUUUUAUUCAAACCCUCACAGGCGCCGCGAGGCUCUGGUUUGAUAACCUGCCCGUAGGGAAGAUCACAUCAUGGGUAGACUUGCGAGAAAAGUUUUUGGUACACUUCAGUCAGCAGAGGCGGUCCAUCCGCGAUACGGCGGAUGUCAUGAAUAUCUGGCGACACGAUGACGAAAGUUUAGAGGAUUUCAUUACGCGUUACAACAAAGAAGUGCUCGAAAUAGGAGAUGUUCAUGAGCACCUGAUCAGAGCCCAAUUUAAGUAUGCCGUCCGAUGUGACGACAUGAUAAAGACUGAGAAAAAUCUCAGCACCAACAGACCGCCACCAUCACACAGUCGCCCAACAGACUUAGGCCCGAGCAACGGGAAAAAGUUUAAAAAGAGUUGGCGUGACUCGAGUUCAGGAAAUUAUUCAUCUGAAGAUGCACGAGCUACCAUCAAUAAGCUCGCUGCACAAAGAGAAACAAAACAAGAAAACAGAGAGAGGCAGUGGACUCCUCUGACCAAAACCCCCGCAGAGGUACUACUACCAACAACUCAAUACUGUGAUUAUCACAAAGACAACGGUCAUACUACCAACAACUGUAUCUCCCUGCGCACUGAAAUCGAAAAGGCGCUUAAAAGCGGUGAGCUCACUCACCUGUUGCAGAAUGUGCGCAAGGAGAUAAAACAAAUUACUCGUGGUGAGGAGGGCCCGAGUAAGAAGGCGAAGAAUUAA